AUGAAUCAAUUUGUUGUAAUUGGAACUUUUGAAUUAAUAGAAGAAGUGUCUGAGAAUGAUUUAAUGCUUUUACCUACUCGGGACCUUGUAAAAUAUGAAAACGAGCCGGUCGUGUGUGAGGCUGCGGCCCCGCGUAGAUUUUCUGUUCCAUUGUCGGAUUCAGACUUACAAGAGAGAAUUCUUAAAGCUAUUCCGAAAAAGACUAGAAAUAACAACAAGUGGGCUUUAGGCGUCUGGGUUGCGUGGACUUUAGAAAGAAAUUUGUAUCAAGAAACAAUAACUGAUGGUGGUAAUGCAAUACCAAGUGAUCCGAAUUUACUCUCAAAUGAACUUUUAAACUAUUGGAUGGCACACUUUAUACAAGAAUGUAGACGUGUUGAUACCAGUCCUUAUCCACCAAAUUCAUUGGUCCAGUUAGCAUCAGGCAUUCAAAGGUAUCUGAGAACAGAUUGUAACAGAAAUGACGUGAGCCUCUUUGAAAAGGAUUCAUCUACAUUUGCGUUUUUUUAG